CUCCGACUGGACCCAACCGGCUUGUUAUUCCAGAGUGGCUUUAAUAUCCCGGCCUUUCCAUCGGUCCUUGUAACCAGCUGACCUUGUCAUUCUUCACUCUUGACUUUCAUUACCAUCUCCAUCAAUGUCGUCCAAAAUGACGCGUGUUGAGGAACCUCUGGAUGCCCCUGAUGGCUCUAGUCUUACCUGGAUCUUUGAACAUUGCCUUCGCUACCCUGGUACCUAUGAGAUCCCAUUGCGCACCAUGUACGCGCUGAACUGCAAUCCCACGAGACAACCGGUGCCUGGUACUCGUGCUCCCGAAACGGCCUUUCAUCGCCCAACCAACUCUUCGACUUCCCAAGACUCGUUGGACCCUGCUGCUGAUUUCCGAGCUCAAUUGACUCAUCAGAUCUCGCGGUUGCCUACGCAGCCUUGCUCGCUUCCUCCAACAUUUGUCACCUCAUUCCUGCGUCGUUGCUUCACCCCCGAGUUGGAAGAGGUCGAUUUCCCCCAGGCAUUGACUGCUUUGGACUAUCUUAAGGACUUUGAGAACCGUCGCCGGAAAGAGGUUGCAGCCGCGCUGCAAAGGCUAGGAGUGGAGCCCAAUGAUGUGAAGGAGAAGACCGAGCUGGCGAAAAAGUACCCUGGCGUCUUGACUUGGCUUGAAUCUAUCAGUGCUCAGGGCCGCCGAGUGGAAGCUCUUUACACUCAGAUAUACGUUGGUCUGCGUCGCUGGACGUUGAUCAACGAGAUGCUGAUGGAGCCCUUCAACAAGGCCAAUUGCAUCGCUAUGCUCAACACGCUUUUCCCCCCGGUCACAGAGGCAACCGUUCCUCCCACUUCGCACCUCACCCUGCAGGUUUUAAAGUCUCAGCGGGACGGGUUUUUCCGGUAUAUCGCAGCCGUUGAGGUCAACGGUCCAGACGUUCUCACCAAAGUGAUCGCUCAGGGUGCUCCAGAGGGAUCGGACAAUGGUUGGCCACUGAUCAGGGAGGCGCUAGACAAGUAUCUCCGAGCAGCCAAUGAGAUCAUUGACGAAUGCAUCGUGGUGAAUGGCCCGGCUGGCAUGGACGAGGGUAUCGAGUCUCAGCCUCGGGCUCACAAAGGCCGCAAGGUCGAUUCAGGCAUCAGCUUUGAUGCCGGGGAGAAGCUUCCUUCCUCGCCUGUCGAGUGCAGCAAGAGCAUGGAUGACCUUCUAGAGAAGCCCCUCCCCCCGCCUCCCUCUCCUAAGGGGCCCAGCCACAAGCCGGGGUCGACGCUUGAGCGGCUGGCCCGCGAGAUCCGGAAGUUGGGUGAUGCCGGUAAGGCGAGGAAUCUCAAGAAGAUGAGAUCAACUAGCGCCCUGGGUGUCCGGUCAGACACUACUGGCGGCCGCUCAACUGAAGACAGUUCACUGUUUGAGGUGGACGAACAGAAAAGAAGGCGGCUGCUGUGGGAGGCUUCCAACCGCAAAAGGGCCCACGUGAAGCAACUCAGCAAGGACACCGCAUGAGUUGGAACCGGAGUGUUGUAGCCUGGUGCUAGCUUUCACUUCUUCUUUUCUUUCACUCACAAUUUUCCUUCAAUCUUUUUC